AUGCCUUCCCUCCCACAGAACGCAUCUUCAAAUGCAUUUGACUCAUCAAUUCUGACCCUUCAGGCCACUUUCUCCAGUGGCAUGACCUUGUUGACUACGGCUUCCACUGCCAACAACUUCCUCAGAGCUACAGAUGGCCCGUUCGCAGAGUUGAAAGAGCUUAUUGCACAACAUACUUCCAUCAAAGACAGGCCACAAUUCCAACCACUUGUCCCCCCCGAUCAAAUUGUGAAGGGGAUUGUGCAGAAAAUAUGGGGUCAUUCAUCUAUUGAGACAGUCGGAGAUAUUGGCGAUAUACUGGAGAAGGGACUCGUUACGGAUGAUUUGAGCCUCGAAGAAAAAGGGGAAGUCCCCCAAGAAGUCAUGAAGAGGUUCCAUUUACACAAUCCCACUGAAGCGGGCCAAACGGCUUGGCAAACAUGGCUUAAGCUUCACCCUGGAAUUGACAGUCAAGAAGCAGCAUGCCUGCAUAAAUUACAGCAACAGGAUAUCGAUAGGAAGUACCCUGACCAGGCAGAAGAAGCAAAAGUGUUCUAUGAUAAAAUUCUGAUACAUUGCGGGGACCUUGUUUUAUCGAAGGACGAGAGGGAGGCUCAACCAAAUGAAGGCCUUUAUCUGUUGCAGAAAAUAACGGGAAAAUAUGCUGCUCAGCUCGCUGCACUCAGCUCCAUUCAUCCUGUUGGGGUGGCCUCACCAAUGAUUGCGGAAAUGGUCAAAGCUAUGGGCCUACCCCUCACAGAGGAUAGUGCCUUAGCCAUGAGGAACUUCUACGACGGGAUAAAGGCAUUCAGGUACAAGGUUUAUGCAGGAAAGGCACAAAUAACUUACUCAUAUCCUUCCAGCCCAUAUCAACCCGACGCCAUUAAACAGAGAACCUUUCUUCAACAUCUUGGGGCAUUUACGAACCCCGAUAAAUCUACCAGCAAGGUGUUUGGUGCCUCAAGCCUCAUGAAGACCGUCGUGAUGCACAUGAAGCAAAGUGUCCAUUUCAGCGAUGAUCUGGACAGGUAUUUGGGAAAUGGAACGGGAAACACGGCCAUCAAAUCAGAGGUUGAGGGCGAUGCGAACAACGUGGAUUACCACACACCCGCAUUAAAAAGGAAGGAAGGCCUCGCCUUUGCAGACGAGACCUACGGCUCGCAUCCCCAACGCCGCACUGAGUGUGCUGGGCGGCUUAAAGCAAUCAUUCUGGAGGCAACAGGGAUAACUGAGCUUGGGCACAACUGGAGAGUCGCCAACAUACUUUCAUUCAUGCUUGAGCAUCGUCUCCGUUUUGUUGGUUGGCAUCAUGGUGUCCCACGCUUGAACAAGUCACUACUGUGCAAUUGGACCCCACGCGAGUCUGCACGGUGUAUAAUGCAGCUCACUCACCAGGAUCCGGAGCAGACGUUGAGGGUGGAACAAAUGACAGAUGACGAGUACCUGAUGCGUGAGGUGCUACACUAUGUACCAGAUGCGAAAGGGAAUAUUACGAAAUACCUAUUGCCUGAACACGAGACAAGGAGGGCAAUUGCGAGGACAGCAGUCGUCCCCGCACGAACCCAAAAACGUAAGGACAGCACGCCAAACUCCCCAACUGUGGAGAUGGAAGGAGAUUCGGUUGGUGAUAAUCAAAUAUCAUCCCCGUCUUCCAAGCGACGCAAGAAGUCCAAAGCCACUCGCGCACACACCCUCACGAAGGCAAAACCUCCCCGUGUGACACCUGGGGGCCACAACCAAAUGAAAGAAGCCGCGGUACCAGAGAACGAGGUGAAAGGUCCACAGGACGAUGGCAUCGUACCCGAGACACCACCUCGCAACUCACCUGAACCGGGCGGGUCUUCAUCAUCAUCAGUAAAGUUAGAGGCAAUAAACCUGACAACGUUCCCAUCGGGUGUACGCUCAGGCUUCCAGCAAGGGCGUGGGCCGCAACUCCCUGAUGACCCAGAAAACGACGUCUUCAUGGAGCAAGCCGUUCCGGAAUCACAUACGCCAAUGGUCAUCCCUCCAAUUAGGCUCAUCCAUCCAACACCGCAUAGUACUCCCCUCAAAGUUCAACCAGUGUUGAAGAUUAAUGGAAGUACGCACCUCACUGUGAACGAAGGUCCAACGUCCCAGGCACCGUCGGAGGCACCGUCAUCCGUAUCAAGCCUAAGCGGUGAGCCUCCCACCUUUGACACCUUGUUCAGGUGUGCACGAAACUCAGUGUGGCGGGCUGCAUCGAAAAUGUUGCCGGCGGUUCGUUUGAAGGCGCUAAUGGAAGAAAACGUUGAACUCCUAGUCAACAUCGACAUCAUUGCCCUGCACGUUACCGAGAAGGAGCCACCUCCUGAAGUCUUAGAUGUCGCUCAACACUGGAGAAUGAUUAGCGCCGUUGGAAACGAGCUUCGUGACAGGGGGGCUGAUGUAGGAAAGGUUGCCAGGAGGGUGGUCCAACUGCUUGACGAGUUGGAAGUGAACGACGACGAGGAUGUGAUAGCUACGUGGAUACAGAUGUUGCCCAGUUGA